AAUGAUCAAGGAAACUCUGGUGGCAACUCUGACAGCGAUGGCGCUGGAGUGGAUGACGGUAAAGGGGGAAAGUCACCUGUGUGGGCUAACUUUGAUCCCACAGGUCUUGAACGUGCAGCACAAGCAGCAAGAGAGUUAGAUAGGUCCAAACAUUCUAAAGAUGCCCUGGAUUUGGCCCAAGUUCAAGAGACAACCAAACAAUUGGAAAAACAGGAAAAAAUAAAGGAAUAUGAAUUGGGAAUCAAGCAAAUGGACAUUGAAAGGAUGCGAGCAGAGCAGGAAGAAAGGAGAAAAACCUUGGCAGAAGAAGCAAAACAUCAUCAACAAAAAGCACAAUAUCAAGAUCAACUUGCAAGAAAACGUUAUGAAGAUCAGCUAUUGCAACAGCGUAGUGUUAACGAUGAAAACUUAAAGAGGCAGGAAGAAUCUGUGAAGAAACAAGAAGCUUUGCGGAAAAAAACCAUUGAAUAUGAAGCUCAACUGAAACAUGAGAAUGAUAUGAAACGUCUUCAAGCAGAAUUGAAAGGAAAAGCUAAAAUUGAACGCGAAAAUCGAGACAUUCGUUUGGAGCAAAUAAAAGUUGAAGCUUCAGAACGAAGGCAGACAGUACUGGAGUCAAUAAAGACGGCAGGAAGCGUUUUGGGAACUGGUAUCAACACAUUUAUUUCUGAUUGGGAUCGAGUUACUAGCGCAGCAGCCGGAAUUACUUUGUUUGCGUUGGGUAUAUAUGCUGCUAGACAAGCAACUGGUGUCGUUGGGAGAUAUAUUGAAGCAAGAUUGGGCAAACCUUCAUUAAUUCGCGAAACUUCAAGAUUAACCGUCGUUGGUGCCGUUCGACAUCCAAUAAUGAUGGUAAAAAGAUGGCUUACGAGGCCACAAGACACGAUGCAAGGAAUAAUACUACAGUCAUCAUUGGAAAAGAGACUUCAAGAAAUUUCUCGUGCUACAGCGAAUACAAAACGUAAUGGAGGAGUUUAUCGUAAUCUAUUGUUUUAUGGUCCUCCUGGUACCGGAAAGACAAUGUUUGCUAAGAGUUUGGCAAAGCAUUCUGGUAUGGAUUAUGCUAUCAUGACGGGGGGUGAUAUUGCUCCUAUGGGAAGGGAAGGCGUAACGGCAAUACAUAAAGUAUUUGAUUGGUCAUCGAGCAGCAGUAAAGGUGUCUUACUUUUUGUCGAUGAAGCUGAUGCAUUCUUAAGAAAACGUAGUACGGAAAGUAUCAGUGAAGAUAUGAGAAGUACUCUGAACGCAUUUUUAUACAGAACUGGUGAAGCAUCCAGAAGAUUCAUGCUGGUACUUGCUAGUAACCAACCAGAUCAGUUUGACUGGGCCAUUAAUGAUCGCUUGGAUGAAAUGGUCAAAUUUACUCUUCCGUCUACAGACGAACGUGAACGAUUGGUGCGAAAAUAUUUUGAGGAAUAUGUUUUAAAUUGUGCCACUAGUGGACGGAAAUCUCGGCGACUUAAAAUUGACAACUUUGAUUUCAACUCUAUAUGUCGAUCGAUUGCUGAAAGAACAGCAGGGCUGUCGGGUCGAGAGAUAGCAAAACUGGCUGUUUCCUGGCAGGCCAGUGCCUUUGGUUCUAAAGAUGGUGUAUUAACAGAAGCCAUGAUGGAAGAGCGUCUACAGGAAUCUAUAGCACAACAUGGACAAAAAGUUGAUUGGCAAAAAGGAGACGUUAUUUCGCCUACGAACCUCAUGAUAAAGGGUUCAAAACCUGUUCCAUAAUUGUUUACCAUUGACAUUAAGAAUGGAGAGAGAAGUAUUCGAUAAUAUGACUGGCACAAUAUUGUGUAACUGUUCACCAAUUGUGCUAACCAAAUAGUGAAUGCAAUGAUAGAGAAAAUUAAUCGGUUUUGUUGUCUAAUUAAAUCAAUAUUCUUUUCAUUUAUGUGACUUACGUUCGUUACCAAGCCUUUCAUGAAAUCAUCAUAGAUCAUUAAAAUUCCUUUGAUGUCAUUUAGCAGAAGGCGACUCUCCCAUGGCAGACUUUCGUAGAAUCCUUACGAAGAGACGUGUAUUUCGACUAUUUUAGGGUUAUAUGUGAGAAUACAUUGUGACGUAGCCAGCCCAUUUUAUUUCUCUGACUACGUCUGAACAUAGUUCAUUGCAGCAGGCGGAAAAAGAUGUUACUGAUGAGGUAACAAAAACCCUGAAAGAGAAUGAUCAAAAAGGCUCAGAGCUUGCUGACAAAUUUGAUGGUCUCGCCAACGAAGCAGAAGAGCUUUUUGAAUUGUGCGAACCAAAUCCCAAGAAAAAGUCUCGCAAUAGACUCUCAACGUUGUGGAAAAGAAUAAAAAAAUUCCCCGGAAGAGUAAGGCGAAGAAUGACAAAGUUUUGGAGGAAUUAGUAGUGCAUAUAGAGUGUCCCCCCCCCAAAAGGAACCCGCACAAAUAAUUAUAUGUAUGCAUUAAAAUUAAAUCUGCAAAAAAUAAUUUAUUCUACAAUAGGUAUUUGUUUCACCAGGUUAAUGUAUUUAAACGUUUGUCCAUGUUCGUUGCACUUAUGGAAAAUAUGAUGACUUUUUUAUAGCCGUUAUAACACAGUAAAUGCUUCUUUGAUUUUACAAAGCUUUUACGUAAUAAAUUUCGAUGAAAAUCA